AUGUGGCAGCACCGGUGGUGCGCUUGCAUCGUCGUCCUCUGUCUGUGGCUCGCGACAGCGACGCAGGGAGAGGAGGAGUUUUAUCACUACUUCACUGUGCCGGAAGAGGCCCGGAACCUGGUCCUCGUGCAGGGCCGAGCAACGCCAUGGAUCCCGUUCACGAUCAACUCCCCGGCUACGCUGCGCAUGGUGCCUCAGUGGUUCCGCGCCGUCCCCGCUGACCCCCACCAGCCCGCCGCGAGCGACGCGCCCACCUUCGAGCCCUUCGACGGCGCGGGCCUGAGCAUCGAGCCAGACCCGCUGACCUUCGACCAGGACGGCCCGCGGACGCGCGAGUUCCGCGUCACCUCGAACGUGACGGGGGACUUUCGUCUCGAGCUGGGGGUGUUUGCCACGACGCGCAUCGUGUACAUGCGCCCGCAGCCGUUCGACCUGCGGGUGGAGCCCGUCGGGGCGGUGCUCGUCACGCCAGCGGCCAUGGACUCGGUCGUCGCGGGCCGGCGCUCGCGGCAGUACAAGGCGGCGUCGCCGUUCCGGGAGCGUGGCGCGGCGCCGCUGGUGGAGGUGGCAGUGGUGGGCGAGCAGCGGCGGGCCGCGGUGCUCGGGGACGGGUCGCGGCGGAGGAUGCCGGGGCGGAAGGCGGCCGCCGAGGGGCGGGGCGCGUGGGGCACGUGGGCGGGCACGGGGCAGGGGGACGCUGGCGUGGAGGGGGGCGGCUGGGAGGCCGUGCCGGCGGGCUGCGUGCGCGCGGAGCCGCCGGUGCUCAAGCUGUGGAGCGCUCCGGACGAGGGGGCGGAGGACGACCCCGGCUCAGCGGGCGUGCUCCCGUUUCACCUCGUGUCUGACACAGCGGCGGAAUGUGCGGGGGUGUUCGAGGCCGCGACGGAGGACGACGUGGUGCACGCGGGCGUGGACGGGCCGGCGCCGGUCGCGGUCAACCUGCGGGUGAGAUUCGAGGCCAGGUGCAGCGAACAGGCGCACGUGGUGACGGCGGCUGACUGCCACGACAAGGCGCUUCCGAAGAUUCCUGCACCCCGCGACGUGGUGCUGAGGCGCCCGGUGGUCGUGACACCCCCCGACGUCAUCGUGCUCGCGCCCGGAGAGACAAGGAACGUGUCUGUAGAGGUCUCGCACGCGGACGACGUGUCGCUGGCGCUGCUGGGCGAGGACCUGGUGUUCAGCGCCGCGCAGCUCGCCCUCACGGCGACGUCACGCCCGCCGCUGCAGCUCAACGUGACCGUAGAGAUGAGCGACGCGAGCGACUGCACCCUCGGCGCGCCUUGCUUCCGGGACAUUCACUGGGGUUUGAACAAGGAGGGGACUGCCAAGCGACUGCUGUCAGGAGGAGGGGUCGUUUUCAACAGCUCAACGACGCGGGUGAUCGUCGUGCCGAGACUCCGGCUGCGGCUGCCGCGGUCGGCGCCGAUGGCGUUUCUGAACCACACCGUCGACAUGGCCAUAUCCAUACAGCCGGCGGCAGCGGAGGGCUUCGCGAAGAUCGCGGCGACGGUCGACAUGGGCGCAGCGCUGGACGCUGCGGUGCGGGAGGCGCGCAAGGCCGGCUGGCGGGCUUGUUCGGGCGAGCAGAACGCGACGAUCACGGACGAGGCGGGGCAGGAAUGCAAUGCAGACGAGCAUCCAGAUCCAAACGAAGGGCGGUCCGGGGAGGCGACCAGCAACACAGCAGGGGCCUUCCUCGAGGCGCUGCUGCGGCGCGUCAGCGCCGGCGGCCCCGCGGACGGCCUGAGGCUCACAGAUGCAGGCUCCGACGGCCCGCCGCUGCAGCCCAGCCCCGGCGCGUACCUCACGGUGCGCCUCACCACCGUCAACGGGACCUCUGCGACGAUAUCUCCGUCGUGCUUCAACCUCAGCGCAAGCGCGGGAUUCAACCGCACCGUGCGCAUCACGCCGCACGAGCCCGGCGCACACGACCUCGUUCUGGACGUGUCGGGUCCGCUGGCGUCGCUGGUGCAGCACAACACCACCGCGAACACCACCUCGCUCGUCGCGCACUGGCCGGUGUUCAGCGACGACAGCGGCGCGUUCGCGCGCUUUGGCCUCGGCGGCGUAGAUGAGCAGAUGCGCGAAAUCGUCCGCCGAGCGUUCGCCACGCGCGUCCUCCCUCCCGCGCUCGUCAGGUCCCUGGGCAUCGCGCCCGUGCGGGGCAUCCUCCUGCACGGGCGUCCGGGCGUCGGCAAGUCCACGAUCGCCCGCGCGAUCGGCCGCAUGCUGUCGGCGGAGACGGUGCGCGUGGUGUCGGGGCCGGAGAUCCUGUCGAAGUUCCUGGGCGAGAGCGAAGAGAAGACGCGCGAGGUGUUCGACCAGGCCGCGGAGGCUGCGGACCGCUCCCCCGGGCGCGUGCAGCUCAUCAUCUUCGACGAGCUGGACGCGCUGGUCAAGCCGCGCACGGGCGGCGGCACCGCGCCCGACCGGGUGUACGACGGCAUCACCAACACGUUCCUCACGCGGAUGGACGCGAUGGGGGAGUUCCCCAACGUGCUCGUCAUCGGGACCACGAACCGUCGCGACCUCAUCGACAAGGCGCUGCUGCGGCCCGGCCGGUUCGACAUCCAGGUCCAGGUGCCGAUGCCGGACGAAGAUGGGCGCCGGCAGAUCCUCGCGGUGCACACGCGCGACAUGGCCGACGCCGGGCUGGUCGCGGAGGACAUCGACCUCGCCGUGCUGGCGUCGCUGACCGAGGGGUACACCGGUGCGGAGCUCGAGGGCCUGGUGAAGAGCGCGGCGUCACACGCGGUGCAGCGGACGAUGGACGGGGAGGGGCGCGGCGGGAGCGAGCGCGAGUACGAGAGCGAGCUCGCGUCGUCGCUGCGGCUGACGUGGGCGGACGUGGAGCGCGCGCUGACGGAGGUGGUGCCGGCACAGGUGGAUGCCGAGGCGAAGCUGUCGCAGAUGGCGGGGCCGGGCCUCGUGCGGUUCGCCCCGCGCGUCGACCGCGCCGUGGACACGCUGAGACUUGUGGUGGCGCACGCGCGGGGGCUGCCGGCGGAGUUCCACACGUGGGAGCUGGAUGCGACGCGGGCGCAGCGGGUGCGCAGGAAGCUGCGGCAGGCGGCGCCGACGUCCGCCGCGGUGGACGAUGCGCCCCGACGAACCACGGAGAGGGAGAACGUGGCCGAGAACGGCGAUGCGGCGGACGGGGAGGGCUUCCGCGCAGGGCUGCUGCGGCCGCGCUCCACGUUUGCGGUCGGGCAGGACGCCGGCUUCGGGGGCGCACGCUCGGGAGGCGGCGCACACUCGAGCGCUGCGAGCAGGCAGCGCGCGACGCGCGUUCUGAUCCACGGCGCGAGCGGGUCCGGCAAGUCGGCGCUGGCGGCGAUGGUUGCGCUGGAGGCCAUGCCCUUCUACUCGUUCGUCGACGUCGUGACGGACGGGCCGGAGGACAUCUGGGACGCCGGGGCGCGCGGCGGGCAGCAGAAGAUCGGGCGGAUCGCGGAGGCGCUGUCGCGCGCGCACCGGGAGACGCACUCGCUGGUGGUGCUGGACGACCUGGACACCGCCGUGGACCACGUUUCGGCGCGGGACGAGGUCGCGGCGGGCCACCUGCUGUCGUCGCUGCGAUCGCACCUGCGCCAGGAGACCGCGCGUGGCCACGGCAUGCUCGUGCUGGCCACGUGCUCCACGCGCCUCUUCCAGGCCUUCCCGCAGCUGGGCGACCUCUUCGACGCCGUGCUCGAGGCGCCGCUCGUGCAGACGAAGCAGGAGCUGCAGGCGCUGCUGGAGGAGGCAGCGAAGCUCCCGGGACGGGGCGCGGCGUGGCUGACCGCGCAGAUGCAGGAGCAGGGUUCGCUCGCGGCGCGUGCUGCGCGGGGCGCGGCGGGUCGCGCGCGUGCGGGUCCGGGGCGGGUUGGGUUUGCGCUGCGGGAGUGUGUGCGGGCGCUGGAGACGGAGCUGCCGAUGGCGGUGGGGAGGGUCCUGCGAGUGCUGGACAUAGCCGGCACGCACUCACAGGGUGCAGCGCCUGGGCUCGAGGCGCUGGGGCUCACGGCGGAGGACGUUGGGCUGAGCGGGAACGGGACAGAGGGGCGCGCGGGGGGCGGGGUGGUGUCGUCGCGGCCGCGGGGAGUGCACGGGUGGGUGCGCAGGGCGAUACUGCUGGUGCGAGGGGCGUCGGACGACGCGCUGGACGAGGAGGAGGACCGCGGGCAGCAGACUCGUGUCCGGUGGUGGUGA